AUGUACGUAUACCCUAUGAGAUACGACAAGGAUAAGGAUAAGGAUAAGGAAGGAAGGAAGGACAAGCAAAAAGAUGCCGGUCCAAUCUAUCCGCCGAUACACAUUAUAUUUCAUUGCAUUACACUACGACACGAGCACGAGCACGAGGAUAACCACGAAAACGACAACUACAACAACUACAACGAGCGGGAGAACAAGAACAAGAAGAGUGUAGAAGAGAAGAGAAGAGAGGACCGAGGGGGAUACGCAGCGCCGAUGGCCGACACGCUCACGUCCGUCGAGGUGUUUGCCCGCGCCAAAGAGGUCCCAUGGAGCACCCAAAUCUUCUUCAAACACGCCACCGUCACCGCCACACUCGCCAUCUACAUCUAUGACUACAUCUGCACGCUCGACCGCGAGGUGGCGUAUGUCUGGUCGCGCCCGCGCUCCAUCGGGACCUACCUCUUCGUGCUCAACCGGUACCUGCCUUUCAUCGAUCUGACGCUGAGCCUGCAUGGGUUCAACACGGCUGGGAUUCUCAUCACGCAAGGCAUCCUAACCCUCCGCACAAUCGCCAUCUGGGAGCGCAACACGCGCGUGUCGGUCAUUCUUGCUGUUGUUGGCGCUUGCACAUCCACAACGUGCAUCGUCACAGCCAAGCUCUACCUCAACUCGCUGAAAUUCGGCGAAGGAAACCCAGACCACUUCUUCGGCUGCGUGCUCAAAACGUCCAAUCGGAUGAUCAUCGUGACGUUCAUUGCCGUGUUGAUUUCGGAGACUACUAUUGUACUUCUUACGGGUAUCCGCGCUGUAUCGCACCUGCGGCAGUCGAAUUCGCCAUGGGUGCAUCAGCUUUAUAAACGCGGAUUUUUGUUUUAUAUAUACCUGUUGAUAUUAACAAUGAUCAACCUGCUCUAUCCUAUAUUCGCCAGCCCAUCGUUGAAGACUACAUUCACCGACCCACAACGCGCACUACACUCCAUGCUCUGCAACCGCGUCAUCUUCCUCAUCUUCAGCGUCCAAAAACGCACACACACCUCCCCCGCCCUCUCCGCCGCCCUCUCCGCCGCCGACCCCGCCGACCCCGCCGACCCAUCCUCUCUAUCCAUAUCCAUAUCCACCAGCGGCGCACCCAGGAACAGCCACAACUAUAAACACGGCAAGCGACGGCGCGGGAGAUGGCGCUGGCCGUCGCGGGGGAAACGGGGCGGAGGGGGGGAGGAGGAGGUGGAUAGUGGGGUUGUGUUGUCGACGAUUUUGGACACGUUUGUGACUAUGACGAGUGUGCCGGAUCAUGAGUAUGAUCAGGAUGAGGAGGAGGAUCGGGAUCGGGAUGGGCGGGGUGGUGGAGGGGGGAGAGCGAGUGUAGGUGCGCGAGGAGGAGGAGAAGGAGGAGCCGGAUUAGGAGGAAGAUUGAGUGUGAGUGUGAGUGUAGAGGGAGGCGGAGGUGGAGGUGGAGGUGGGAGUGGAGGGACGGGAACGGUGCAUGAGAUACGGCUGGGUAGGUGA